CUUGUAGUAACCUAGAACUACCGGUGCUUCCCAGUCCUCUGAUUAGGGGAUUGAUUAUGUGAUUAGGGGAUCAGCGAGGGAGGGGACGCGGACGCAAGCGCGUGCAUGCGUGCAGGGCAGUUCGUGGGUAAGCACUGCCACGGCGCAUUUACUUAAUGCAUUGCUGCAUUAUAGCAGCAUGGUGCCCCGCUUUUUAUACCUACAGUACAGUACCUAGGUACCUAGGUAGGUAGGGUCCAGUGGCGCUGAUUCACUGCCUAACCGCACUAGAACGUGCUAAAGAUACCCCGAACAUCCCCCCCUAUCUGAAAUCUGGCAGGGGUUCCCCGGGGUCGCAUCAUGCCUUAUAAUUGUUAUCAGCCAGAGUGACCGGCGGUCAGCACCGUUUUUAUCUGCUUUCGCGAUCAGGAAAAUGCUCGACAACCAAAAACUCAAUUAAACCAAAAGAGAGACCCGGGCAACCAGACUGUUCUGAUUUUGUUCAUAGCCGGGGUUUUUGUCAUUAUUGGCGCGCAAUGUUUUGAAAACCAUGGUAUACUAUCCAUCAUAAUACUGCCUAUCCUAUCUUGUCCUCGUCCGCCAUCUGAAGCGAGCGAGCGAGCGAGCCAGCGAGCCAGCGCACUUGGCCGUCCAGUGUGUGCGCCCGACCAACACGCUUCAAUGCUACAUCACCGAUUCACGCAGCGCUUGCAACGCCUGCGAAGACGCGGCCUCCACAAGUCGCCCAUCUUAUGGGUCGUGCUCCUUGGCGUCUUUUUCGAAGUCGUCGUCCAUUGCCUUCGCUUCCGAGUCCCCGUCCCCAGCCGUGAGCUCGACACCCCCUUUUACGCCACCUGCCAGGAACCCGAGGUCAACGCUCCCCGCGAGAAUGCCGCCAUUGUCAUGCUCGCCCGGAAUGAGGAGGUUGAACAGGCUCGCCAUUCUGUCGACAGUCUAGAGCGCCAUUUCAAUCAGUGGUUCAAGUACCCUAUUGUGUUUCUGAACGACGAGCCAUGGAGCAAAGAAUUCAUCGACGUUUUGAACGCCACCACAAGUGCCGAGACCAUCUUCGAAUAUGUACCAAAGGAAGAGUGGCUGUUCCCGGAGUGGAUAGAUGAGAACGAUGCUAAGGCCAGCAUUAAAGCCCAAGGUGAAGCCGGCAUUCUGUACGCCGGCAAGGAAACAUACCACCACAUGUGUCGCUUCUUUUCAGGAUAUUUUUACCAGGUCGAGGCCCUCAAGAAAUACAGGUGGUACUGGAGGUUGGAACCUGAUGUCGAUUUCUCCUGCGCCAUCACCUACGAUCCAUUCCGUGAAAUGGCUCGUCACAAGAAGGUCUACGGCUAUACCAUAGCUUUGUGGGAGGAGAAACGCACAUGUCCAACUCUCUUCCGCAAAGUGUCAGACUGGAAAGAGUCUCAAAACAUCGCCUCGACUUCCAUGUGGAAAGCCGGAAUAACCCCAUCUUGGGUCCCUUGGCCAUUCCGUAGCUCCCUGAGCUGGUUCUCGCACCGGGAUAAAUACGGAGAUGGGUGGAACACCUGUCAUUACUGGAGUAAUUUUGAAAUUGCAGAUUUGGAUUUCUUCCGUAGCGAAAGAUAUCAAUCGCUUUUCCGCAUGCUCGAUCAGGAUGGUGGCUUUUAUUAUGAAAGGUGGGGGGAUGCGCCAAUCCAUACACUGGCCGUAAAUAUGCUGGCUCAGCCGCACCAGAUUCACCACUUUGCCGACAUUGGCUACAGACAUGACACGUUUUACCAAUGCCCCGCCAAUGCGCCUGGAGGGCAGUUACCCGAGUCGAAGACAUUGAACAAGGCUAACGAGUCUUGGGCACCCGAGAUUGAGGGCGGUGUGGGUUGCCGAUGCGAGUGUGAUGGCAGCAGGACACGAAACAUCCCCAAUUUUUGUCAAAACAGGCUGAGGUCGCCAAAUACUAUGAGCCGUCCUUGGAGUACAUGGUUCCAAGAAUGGGUCUUUUUCUGAGUUACUCAUGUUUUCGAGCUGAGAGCGACGGAACCGGUCUGCAUAUAAAUGACAAAAAUGCGCGAGAUCGCCCGAUAUUAGGGUCACGCAUGAACCGCGAAUUGGGCCCCAGCUGGCUCACAAUGCAGCAUCAUAUCACAUUAUUUCACGGAACACGAC